AUGUGGCCGAUGAACGAAAAGGGCAAGCUCCGUAAGCCAUCAACUGAUGCUAUCAAACUCAACAAGAUUCUGCUGCGCCACUUCGUGCCCAACUUCGCAAGCCACCCUCAAGUCGCACGUAUUCCAGUGAUUGCCCCGGUACUGGCUAUGAUAGCCAAAGAGUUCGGCGUGCAGAUCCUGGAGCCGCAAAUCAAUGCGGAUUUGUAUCGUGCUCGUCUUGGGGAUGAAGGUGCUUUGGCUGUGUAUCGACAGGCUCACAGGCCAAAUCAUCGGAGGAGGGCUGCAGGGCCAGAGGAGGCUAACGAUGAAGAAGAGGGUGAGCUGGAGGAGGGAGGGGAGGAAGGGGAGGAAGGGGAGGAGGCUGCUCCCGAUGAUGCUGCUACCGAGCCUGAGGGGGAGGGGGUUCAUGAAGGCCCGAAUGUCGCGCCGUGGCUGGGAGUGGCGGCAAUCUUUGACUUGCCGGAUGGUGAGAGCGACCCAGAGCUGGAGGGGGAUGGAUCGUCAAUGUGCAGUGAAGAAAGGUUUGGAGCUGACCUUUUGUCAGCUCCAUCGGUGGGCUCCUCUGAUCCGGAUUCCCAGGAUACGAUGACAGGUGGGGAAUUCGAAUAA